AUCCCCAUCGGUUCUCGGUUCUCAUUACCUCCUGCAUCAAAACUCCCAUGAACCCAAAGACCAGGACACCCUCGACGCUGUAUGAGAGAGGGAAAGCCCAACCGUUACGAAUCAGCCAGAAUCCAUUGGUCGCCGAGGAGAUUCUCCCAAUGGAAACAACGUCUCUGCAUCUACCCUGAUAAAAGAAUCUUGUUCGUUUCAAUAAAUUCUGUUCUCAUUCUUCUAAACUCCAAAGACUACAAGCCCAAUCUACUCAAGUACUCCUCAUCUGAAAGUAUCUCCAACCCAGGCUUCUCUGGACUGGCUCCAAUGCUAAAUGAAAAUAAUUCUGAUCCUGAUACUUGUGAAGCAGUGCAACCCAGAAAAAAUCAUUAUAUGGAUGAUAGGGAUUCCACAAUCUCCAGUAGUUUAUGUGGCAUGUCCAACAAAGAUUACUGCAAGAAGCUCACGGAACUAAAAAAUGCACAAGCACACACUAUGGCAAUACUAGCAAAACUGUAUGAGGAUAAACUCUGUGUCAGAAGCAUGGCAGCUACUUCAGAGGAUCCCUGUGAAUCUUCAGUGUGUUACAGUUUAGGUAAGAAAAACAAUGGCCGCCUAUCUUACUCAACAACUGAGGUGGGCAGUACUGCACACUCAAGCCUGUCAGAAAUGUCAAAUGAAGAUCCAGAGAAAAGUGGGGAAAAUCGCGUGUCCUAUGGAAGGGAUCAAAUUCAGAGCAUGUGGGAUGGAUUUUCUGUGCAGGAGUAUAUUUCAGAUGAGGAACCCCAGAAGCCCAGAAACUCAAAUUUACCACUUGCAAAAAUGCAAGUAAUAAAGAAGGAGCAAAAGCAGUGGUCACCAAAAAUCACAAUACCUCAACCUUUCCAAAUGACUCUUAGAGAGGCUGAGAAAAAGAAACUGAAGAUAAAAUCCAGGUCUGAAAUUGAAGUAGAGAAUCAGAUGCUGAGAAAACAAUUAGAGGAAGAAGCAGAGUGUCAGAAAAAGUUCCGUGCUAAUCCUGUACCAGCUCAUACCUAUAUUCCUUUGUUGGCAGAAAUAAUGGAACGGAAUGAAGAAAGAAGGAGAUUUGUAAAGAUGAGAAGCAAAGAAAUUUUACUGGCAUUGCAAAAACCAUUUGACUUUCUUGAAAGAGAGGAGAAAAAGAAAGAAAUUAGAAAAAUGCAAAUACAGGAACUAGAUAUUUCAGAAAGUAAACCAAAGAAAUUUAAAGCAAAACCAGUUCCUAAAUAUCUUUAUGAUCAAACAAUUAGUGACAGAAUUAAAGAGCAAGAACUCUAUCGUGUAAUUAAAAUGAAAGUGAGAGCUCAAGAGACAUUACGUGGUGCAUCCCUUCCAAAAGGUAUGCUUCGUAAUACCUUAUUGGAAAAGAAGGAAGCAACAUGUUGGAACCCAAAUAAAGAACUGAAAUUCAAACCCAAGAUUAACACCAAAGUACCAAAUUUUGAGAUGUUGCACAGAAAGUCUCGGAGACAACGUAUGAGAAAGAAAAACUUGACAUUGACAACCGCGUGUGAACCCUUCCGACUGCUCGUUCCUCAAAUUCCUUCAAAAAAAGAAAAGGUGUUGAAUGAUAUAAUGGAAGAUGAAAACCACUUAAAAGAGACCCGCUGGCCUUAUAUGUCAUGCAGAAACCGUUGGAAAUCACAUGACAACACAAAUUCAAAUCAGUCAGGAUCAUUGGACUUGAAAAUUAUGAAGGUCACAGAGUCUGAAAAGAAGAGGAAAGAAGCUGUUAGGAAAUUGCUGGGAGAAAAAAGGAAGAAAGAAGAAAAUGAGGAAAACUGGAAACGCGAGCAGAAACGGAGUGAGAGAAAAUGGAAAAAAGUCAUAUCUACCCGUGCCUGGGCGAAUGAUCCACACAAGAGCUUGGCUGAAGUCUCAAGAUCAAAACUAAAACAAUACAGGAAUCAUCAAAGAAAAAGAACAAAAGAAUAUCUGCUGGAGCUUGAGGAAAUGCAGGCGAGGGUAAGCAGGAGGCCUCUGCUCUUAGAAGAGCAAACAAAGGAUGACCCCUACAUCCCUUGAAUCAAUGUUUUUAAAAAUGAAAAUGAGCAGGGAAAAUAUAUAUGUAAAAGACACAAACACGAGAUCCAAUAUGGCGGUGGUCUGAGUGGUCUGCUGUGCUGGGCUCUGUGCCAUAUCCCCGGGCAAGGUGGACCUUUACCUCCCCCCUCACCAACCACCCCCAGAAGAGAAAAGUAUUAAUUUAAACUUACUGAUCAUCUGGAGCUGCUGAAAUCGUGUGUGACAUCUUUUAAUGCUAGGAUGAAAUUGAAUAAAGAAAAGGGGCCUAAAGGAACACAGCAGACAGGCACUCACCUACUGCAUCAGGGGGGGUGAUUGCAACCAGUGCUCAAACUCCCGUGGUGGCCCUUUUGGAUCUAACAGGACAUCAGCAUUUACUCUCUGAAUCUUCCAGCAGUAGAACCACUACCUGCCAUGCUAAAAAAGAAUGAGCAGGCAAUCCAAUUACUGGACCGAAGAAGGAGGCAGUGGAGGAGAGGACCGUGGCGGAGGUCUCGGCAGGAAGAAUCUGAAUGCUGGAAAACCAGGUUCAGGUCCUUCAGGAACAUGUUGACAACCUAGAGAACAAAAAUGAGAGAAAAAACUUAUGGCUCGUGGGUCUUCCAGAAUGUGAGGAAGGCGAGGACCUUGUCGGCUCCCUGGAGAAGUGGCUCCCGAAGUUCCUGGGGUUGGAGUUGGAGUCGAGCUUAGUGAGAGUGGAGUGGCCCACCCGAUCGCAAUGCACUGGUCCAGUUUGGACCCACGCCCCUGCGCAGUUCUAGUGCAGAUCCUGCAUUAUAAAGAAAAACAGUUAAUAGUUGAAACAGCAAGAAGACUGGGAAGAAAUUCACAGGAUUUAAUGUACAAAGGCUUAAAGAUAAUGUUUUUUCAGGAUCCCUAAUUAGGAAGAAAAGGGCAUUUGAUGAAGUCAAGAAAGAAUUAAGUGACCUGAACAUUCAAUAUUCCUUGAGAUACUCGGCCGUGUUGCUUUUCUGCCAUGGGGAGACUGUAUAUAACUUUAACUCCACAGAAAAGGCGAAUGACUUUGUGAAUUCUUUGAAGGACUUGAGUUGGGGUGGAAGGGGAGGGGGCAUUGUUGCAGACAAUGGUAUGGGUUUUUUAUUGCCUUUUUUUUCACUUCUCUCUCCUUUUUUUGUGUUAUUGGCUUUAUACAUACAGCCUUGCUGUAAAACUGGAAUUGUUUUAUAUGUUGGUCGAUUGGGUAUUAUCUAGGGCCCCUUUUUUAACUGCUGUCCUUUUGAUUUUGCAUUGGGGGUGGCUAUAUCUGUUGUUAAGAUGAGUGUGGGGGGGAAUGGGCAUUCAUUGUUAACUGUCAGAACUUAAACAACAGGUUUUCCUCAUUUGUGAAUUGUCUGGGGCUAGGGCAUGGCCUCAGCUAGAGGGAAAUAAGAUGGUAGGAAGGAUUGGGAGGAAUGCUCCCUAUGGGCAAGGGGCAAGAAGAUCUCUAGUGAAUUGGGGGUUAUUUGGGUGUUUGUUUCGGUUAAAUGGAAUGAUUAGUUUUUUAAUUGUAGUAGUUUUAGACUUCAUAGAGUUAAGGUCUUUGUAGCUCAUCACACCUUAGAUAAGCUUCCUCCUCUUGGGAAACCACAGGCUGCCCUGGAUGACCAUGGUUUUUUGGUGUUACUUUUUUUUGUAUAUAGAUGUUUUAUAAAAGAUUUUUAAAGGUCUUUAAUACAAAUAUUUAUUUAAAAAGAUACAAACACUAGAUGUACAGGGCUGAAAUAUAUAAAAAAUAAUUGUAUUGCUGAGUAAAAGGCAAAUAAAAUGUAUAUUGCAUUUAAAAUACACUCCAUUUUUUGUUCUGUGGAAAAGCUAUGACUAAUCAUAAUUUCUUUUUUCAUCAUAGUGCUCCAUAUAGGAACUUAGGCUGCCUUACAAAUGAAGUUGAAAUGCAAAGCAUCUCUCAAAAUAAGCAGUAAACAUAUCACCAAACAACUUAAAUAGUAUCACAGUUGACAAUGUCUUAUUGAGACAUUAUCUUAGCUACCAAUUGUCUAAUGCUUAGUGUAAAGUUACUAAAACCAAUUUAGUAAAAUAUUCAGGUGAAAACUGAACUAAUCUGUC